AAUGUGUGAAUCUUCUUUAAUCUUCUUCUUUGAUAGUUGACACUAUCUACUUGUAGAAUUUAUAUAAUCUAGCUGACUAACUUUGACAGCUCUUGACAGCUCUUGACAUAUUGCCUGCAUAAUCAUCAUCAUCAUCAUCAUAUAUAUUAUCACAGUCAAUGUUUUCUCGACUUAGUCAAGUAAUCACAUUCUCAAAACGCAGUUUAAUAUUUGAUUUGCAAAUUAAAAAAAUCACACAUGAUGGUGACUUGUAAAAAAUACGUAUUGGUUAAACAUUUUGAAGGUGAACCAAAACCAUCGGAUUUUGUAAUUGUUGAAGAACAACUUCCAGCAAUUAAAAAUAAUGAAAUUUUGGCUGAAGCAGAGUAUUUAUCUGUUGAUCCUUAUAUGAGACUUCAUGUUGAUAGUUUUCCAACUGGAAUAACAAUGAUUGGCAUUCAAGUUGGUAAAAUAAUUGAAUCAAAAUCAUCAAAGUAUCCAGUUGGUAAAAGAGUUGUAGGUAAUUUUGGCUGGCGUACACAUACUGUUAUAAAUAUUGAAGAUGAAAAGAAAUAUUCAAUGGGAUUACCUCACAAUUAUAUAUUACCAGAAAUUGGUGAUUUACCAGCUUCUGUAGGUCUUGGUGUUCUUGGAAUGCCUGGUAAUACUGCAUAUUUUGGUUUUUUGGAUAUUUGUCAGCCAAAAGCUGGUGAAACUCUUGUUGUUUCUGGUGCUGCUGGUGCUAUUGGCAGUCUUGUUGGUCAAAUUGGAAAAAUAAAAGGUCUCACUGUCAUUGGAAUUGCUGGAUCUGAUGAUAAAUGUCAAUGGUUAAAAAAUGAAUGUGGUUUUGAUCAUACAAUUAAUUAUAAAACUCAAAAUGUUGAUGUUGAAUUAAAAAAAUUAGCACCUGAUGGUGUUGAUUGUUACUUUGACAAUGUUGGAGGUGAUAUUUCAACAACUGUUAUGUAUCAAAUGAAAUUAUUUGGUAGAGUAUCGGUUUGUGGUCAUAUCUCAUCAUACAAUACAGAUAUUAAUGCAAAACCAAAAACAACAAUUUUACAACCAGCAAUUAUUUCUAGUCAACUUAAAAUUGAAGGAUUUAUUAUUACUCGAUGGGCAGAUAAAUGGCAAGAAGGAAUCGCUCAAAAUCUUAAAUGGAUUCAAGAAGGAAAACUCAAAUAUCGUGAAACUGUUACACAUGGUUUUGAAAAUAUGUUCAAUGCAUUUGCUGGAAUGUUGAAAGGUGAAAAUACUGGUAAAGCUAUUGUCAAAGUCUAGACAGUUAACAAAAAUCAACAUUUAAUUUUUCAUCAUGUUAUAAUGUGCUUCCAAAAAUUAUUGUAUUUUUCUAAACAAAUAUUAUUUUUUUAAUUCAAAAUCUAUGCCUUUAUCAAAAAAACAGUAAAUACAAUUUACUAUGUUCAAUUACAAAUUGAUUAUUGUCAAAAAUAUUGAGGUAACUGAUCAAAUCCAGAUAUCAUAUCUUCAACAUUAUAAAUUAUUUCAUCAUCACAAUUUUUAUUUAGAGAAAUAGAAUUAAAAUCUUGUGGAAUAAAUAUUUUAUUAGCUGCUUUAAAAAGAUGAUUAUCUUUUGGAAUUAUCUGCAUAUCAGCCCAUCUUGAUGCAACAUUUUUAUCAAAACAUUUUCUGUAUGAUAUACAAUGAAUGUGUUCUAAUUUUUCAUAACAAAUUCUCAUAAAUCCCAUUUUUGACAAAACAAAUCUCCAUGAUUUCAUGAUGUUUGCAUUGGCAUUAACGUGUUUAGAGUCUGGUGUAAUUAUUAUUAAUAUUCCACCUGGUUUUAGAACAUCAUAGGCUUUUUGACAACAAUUAAAUCGUUGAUCUGGUGAUGGAAAAUAUUCCAGUAGCAGAGAAAAUACUACUACGUCAAAUGAAGAUAUUUUUAACUGUAUAAUUUUCUCGUCAUUACAAGUAA